AUGAAGGAAUUUGCGGAGAAAUAUCAAUUUAAACAUGUAACGUCGGCUCCUUAUCAUCAACAAGGUAACGGUAAAGCCGAAGCAGCUGUUAAGAUAGCUAAGAAUUUAAUAAAAUCGGAGCAAAGUGAUGAAGAGCUCUGGUGGGUGCUUCUGCAUCACAGGAACACUCCCAACAAAAUAGGAUAUAGUCCUGUUGAAAGGUUGAUGUCACGACCUACCAGAACAGGAAUACCGUCAAAUGUUUCGAAAUAUGUACCUAAAGUUCCAGAACAGGUUCCUGCGUUGAUAGAAAAACAUAGACGCUACAAUAAAUAUUAUUACGACAAAAAGGGGAAGGAUCUCCCACAGCUUAAUAUAGGCGAGGGGGUACAGGUCCAACUCAAACCUGAUACAGAUAAACGAUGGCAACCCGCUACAGUUAGUCGCCAGCUAACAGAAAGAGCCUAUGAGAUUGAUACCGGAGGAACAAAAUAUGUCCGUGAUAGAGUGAAUUUAAAAGAUAGGGCAACAUCUAUACAAGAUUUGGAAAAGGAGGAAAAUCUGAUUCAUAAGGAAAUGCGAACAUCCUGUAUUCCGAAGGAGCAAAAAAUCAAAUGA